GCUGCAGAUAUGUCAGGUCGUGGUAAAGGCGGCAAGGGUCUGGGCAAAGGAGGCGCAAAGCGCCACCGUAAGGUGCUGCGGGACAACAUCCAGGGCAUCACCAAGCCCGCCAUCCGGCGCCUGGCCAGACGCGGCGGCGUCAAGCGCAUCUCCGGCCUCAUCUACGAGGAGACCCGCGGGGUGCUCAAGGUCUUCCUAGAGAACGUCAUCCGGGACGCGGUCACCUACACCGAGCACGCCAAGCGCAAGACGGUCACCGCCAUGGACGUGGUCUACGCGCUCAAGCGUCAGGGUCGCACUCUUUACGUGCUAAGUAGUUGGCUCUGCUUCACAAUGGCUCGCACAAAGCAGACAGCUCGCAAGUCCACCGGCGGUAAGGCGCCCCGCAAGCAGCUGGCCACCAAGGCGGCUCGCAAGAGCGCGCCGGCCACGGGCGGCGUGAAGAAGCCCCACCGCUACCGGCCCGGCACGGUGGCCCUGCGCGAGAUCCGCCGCUACCAGAAGUCCACCGAGCUGCUGAUCCGCAAGCUGCCCUUCCAGCGCCUGGUGCGCGAGAUCGCGCAGGACUUCAAGACCGACCUGCGCUUCCAGAGCUCGGCCGUGAUGGCGCUGCAGGAGGCGUGCGAGGCCUACCUGGUGGGGCUCUUC